UAUGGCAUAUUUCAUUCUGUUGCAGUGAUACAGUUCAUGGUUCAUCCGAGGAGUGAUGUUCAUGUUUGGCAAGAUAAAUCUGUUUUACCAACAAAUUAACAUCUGGGUAUUUGCUUCUGUGAUGAGAAAGUGGAAAAAUGCUAUCUGUUAGGAAAUUCAGGUAUCGUUUCACUCCAACUUCCUCAGCUUUAGCUUCCUUGAUAAACGAUGGACAAGUCAAGAGCAUCAAGGUUUCCCCAUGUCGGCCCUGGGCUUCUCUGAGCCACAGGUCUCUGUUUUCGUUCAUGGAAUCAUGCCCCUCCAACAGCUUAAAGAUUCAAACUUCUGUUGUGAAUUUAAUGAAUGGAUUCAUUGGCCUAUCCACACCCUCUUUCUCUUCUAUGGCUGAGAGAAUCCUGGUCCAGGCCCGAGACCCGUCGAGACUAUGUGCGGAACUAGGAAAUGCACUUGAUGAGAGCAGGUUUGAUGAUGCAUGGAAGUUGCAUCAGCAGUACAUGCAAAUGGAAGGGCUUCCUAGGAAAUCUGUUCUGAACAAGCUUCUCACAUGUUUUGCAGAAAGACAGGAUCUUCAAUGGCUUGAGAAAGCUUACAAUUUGGUGGAACUUAUUUUUGAGAAGGGUAAACCUGAUUUGUUAGAGAAGGAGACUCUGAUAUAUCUUGCUUUCAGUCUUGCAAAGCAUAGAUUGCCGGUUCCUGCAUCAACUGUUUUGAGAAAAUUGGUAGAAAUGGAAGUAUACCCACCUGUAAAUGCAUGGUCGGCUGUCAUUGCCCACAUGUCACAGAUAGCACCUGGGGCUUACCUUUCUGCGGAGUUGGUUCUUGAGAUUGGAUACUUGUUCCAGGAUAACAGGGUGGAUCCAAGAAAGAAGAGCAACCGAUCUUUGCUUGCUAUGAAGCCUAACACUACUGUUUAUAACAUUGCUUUGGCUGGGUGUUUGUUAUUUGGGACUACUAGAAAAGCCGAGCAGCUUCUUGAAGUGAUGCCUCGAGUUGGUGUGAAAGCUGAUGCUUCUUUACUUGUCAUAAUGGCACAAAUUUAUGAAAGAAAUGGGCGUCGAGAAGAACUCAAAAAGCUUAAGGGACACUUUGAUAAAGCGUGUAGUUUAGGAGAUGUCCAGUUUCAGCAGUUCUACAAUUGUUUGUUGACAUGCCAUUUGAAUUUUGGGGACUUGGUUUCUGCAUCUCAGAUAGUCUUGGAAAUGCUUAGGAAGGCAAAGGAAGCACAAAACUCACUUUCUGCUGCAACCCUUGUGCUCCAAACAGCUGGCACGGCUAAAUCCUUUCCUCUUGAACAAUGUUUUAGAAAGAGUUAUAACCCUGCAACAUCAGAUGGUUUAUGUGAUCCUAGAUCAAUUGAACACCUUGUCCCACCUUUUGAAGAGUUCUCUAGAGAGAGACAUUUUUUGAAACUCGAAAAUGAGGCCAAAGAAACACUUGAUGUUUUGUUAGCGAAAUUGCACACCAAAAUUGAGCUGGUUACAUCUGAAGGUGGUAUUCUCCGACCGACAGAGAGAAUUUAUGCCAAACUAGUUAAGGCAUUUCUUGAGGCAGACAGGGUUAAGGAUUUGGCCGAGUUUCUAAUCAGGGCAGCAAAAGAGGAUGUCCCAGUCUCCACUGGGAAUUGUGCUGUCAUUCAUGUGAUUAAUGCGUGCAUCUCACUUGGGUGGUUAGACCAGGCCUAUGACCUUCUUGAUGAAAUGCGAUUUGCUGGUGUAAGAACUGGCUCCUCUUUGUACUCUUCCCUCCUAAAAGCUUAUUGUGAAGCAAACCGACCAAGAGAGGUCGAAUCUCUUCUAAGAGAUGCUCGUAAAGCUGGGAUCCAGCUUGAUUCAAGCUGCUAUGAGGCAAUGAUCCAAUGUAAGGUUCUUCAGAAAGAUACCCAAGGUGCUCUUGAUUUAUUCAAAGAUAUGAAAGAAGCCAAGAUAUCAAAAUCUGUUCAUCAAGAAUUUGAGAUGCUAGUGCAGGGUUGUGCAGAGAGCAGGGAAGCAGGGUUGAUGGCGAAGCUAUUGGAGGAGAUUAAAGAAGGGCAGAGGGUAGACUGUGGGGUCCAUGAUUGGAAUAGUGUAAUCCAUUUCUUCAGUAGGAAGAGAUUGAUGCAUGAUGCUGAGAAGGCUUUGAAGAAAAUGAGGGCUCUGGGGCAUGUCCCAAAUGCACAAACUUUUCAUUCAAUGGUCACUGGAUAUGCUGCUAUAGGGGGUAAGUACCUGGAAGUAACAGAGCUAUGGGGUGAGAUGAAGGUUCUUGCUGCUUCUAGCUCAAUGACGUUUGAUCAGGAGCUCCUGGAUUCCUUACUUUACACCUUUGUGAGGGGUGGGUUUUUCUUGAGAGCAAAUGAAGUUGUGGAGAUGAUGGAGGAAGGGAAGAUGUUUGUGGAUAAGUACAAAUACAGGAACCUCUUCUUGAAGUACCACAAAACUGCUUACAAGAAGAAGGCUGCUCCGAAGAUCCAGACAGAAGCCCAGUGCAAGAGGAGAGAAGCAGCAUUGACCUUCAAGAAAUGGGUUGGCUUAGUCUAAUUUCCAACUAUAUUGGACUGCUCGAGUAUGAAGCUGUUGGUCUUUUUCAAUUGCAACAAUAAGCUACUGUCAACUUUCCUAAACAAGGUCUGAAGGUGAAGAAUGUGGAAAUGUAUAAUUAACCUCCUCGUAUCUUGCCAACCCCACUAGCAUAUUAGAAGAGAUGUUACCUCCUCUUGGCUAAGUGGCUACCAUGAGAACUUGCUAACAUAGGUAAUUCACCAAAUAUGAACCCUUUCCUAGCCA